AUGGCAGCAACGAAGAUCGAAAGAGAAGGGAACGUAACGCUUUCUUAUCCAUUACUCACAAAGAGUAACUACUCGGUGUGGGCGUUGAAGAUGCGUGUGAACCUACAAGCUCAAGGAGUGUGGGAAGCCGUGGAGCAAGACGAGGUCGAAGAGCGUAAGGAUAGAAUGGCUCUCGCUGUCAUCUAUCAAGCGCUACCGGAGGACGUUCUUCUCAUGGUGGCAGAGAAGGAUUCCGCCAAGCUAGCAUGGGAGACACUGAAGACGAUGCACGUCGGCGUGGAGCGAGUCAAGGAGGCGAAAGUGCAGACCUUGAGGACUCACUUCGAGGCAAUCCAGUUCAUGGAAGCCACUGCGGCAUCAUGUCAAGCAUUGUGGCUGAGAAGUUUGUUGAGCGAGGUGACUGGAAACGAGCCAAAACCAGUAACUCUCUACGUCGACAACAAAUCUGUAAUAACAUUGAUAAAGAACCCGGUGUUUCAUGGACGCAGCAAGCACAUCGACACUCGCUUCGUAAGCACCGGAGAGCAACGUGCGGAUAUUCUUACCAAGGCUCUAGCAAGAGUUAAAUUUGCGAAAAUGCGAGAGCUACUUGGCGUAAACAAAUUCGAACCAAAUCAAGCUUACGGGGGAGAUUGUGAGACUAAUCUUAAAUUGGAAAUUUGA